AUGUCAGCAGUUUGUCACCUACAUGAAAGAGGGAUUCUACAUAAUGACAUUAAAAGCAAUAAUUUUGUCAUUGAAGAAAGAGAAAUGAAAACACGACCUGUUCUCAUUGACUUUGGAAAAGCUACAACAGCAUCCAAGUCUAAAGGAUGUGAAACUAAGAGAGACAUGACUUUGGCUGAAAGGCACCAAUACAGACAAAAAUAUCCACAUAUAGCUCCAGAAAUUUCACUUGGUAAAGCCCAGACUGAAUUGACUGACACCUAUUCUUUUGGAUAUGUAUUCUGUACUACAAUGAAGAGUUUGGAUAACAUGAGAAAACUGGCAGUUGAGAAUGAACGGCUUCACCUUUUAAAGAUCGGACAGUUAAUCACACAUAACAAUCCAAAGAAAAGGGGGAAUCUUCAAGAUGCAUUAACAGUUGUGAAUGCUAUAACAAGGAUUACAUAG